AUGAACAAGACAGCGAGUGCCACGAGUUCCAACCUCGGUAUACAGUACGAUGAUCCAAGCCAUCCAUUCUUGGUAUUCUACGUCACCGUUCAGCUGAUAUUAAUUUUGGCCGGUACAUUGGGCAACAUAAUGGUUAUCUUGUCAUUUUCAUUCAACAACAAACUCCGGACCCUCACCAACGUGUAUAUUUUCAGUUUGGCGUGGGCAGAUAUUAUAGUAACUGGAUUUAUUCUGCCAUUUAAUGUUUUAGGUAUACUACAGAGUCACCACUUCUUCACUCUCAACACUGUUCUUUGUGAAGUUAUAGCUUUCUUCUGCGUUACGGCGUGCAUAGCAUCGCUAUGGAACAUCAUGGUGAUCAGUGUUAACCGUUACGUGUACAUCUGUCACAAUAAGUAUUACAAACGCAUCUUCAAUCUUCGGAACACAGUUGUGAUGGCUAUUGGAGUGUGGGUUAUCUCCGCUCUUAUCGAUAUGCCAAAUUUUCUGAACUGGGGUGAUAACCGUUUUGAUAUGAAAACGCUUGUCUGUUCUUACGAUCGUACAGCACAGUAUGGUUGGAUAUUGCUUUUUGUCAGUGAGGUGUACUAUUUCCUUGGUUUGUUGACGUACUGUGCUACAUGA